AUGAAGUUCAUCGCUGCCGCCCUUACUCUUGCCGCCGUCGCCUCUGCCCAGAUUCAGCUCAGCGACCCCACUGAGGGUACCGUCUGGAAGGUCGGUGUUGCCCAGUACGUCCGCUGGACCGGCAACUGUGCCGCCAUGGGCGCUGCCGGCAAGGCCGUCACUGUCGAGGUCGUCAACGGUCCCGCCGGAAACGUCAAGUUCAUUGCUAACAUUGGAACCAUCGACUGCACCUCGACCACCAACACCUCGACCUCCUUGACCGUCCCACCCCAGACCAACAACGGACCCUUCGUGUCUGGCACCUACGCUCUCCGUGUCAACGCUGACCCCAUCCAGUACACCACCAACUUCAUCAUCAACAACCCCGAUGCCCCUGCCGCCUCCGCUGGCCCCUCUGCCACCACUCCCUCCACCACCGAGCCCACCACCAAGCCCUCGUCUGCCAACACCUUGAUGGCCGGCUCUGCCUUGGCCAUGGCCGCCCUCGCUGCCGUCCAGCUCGUCCUUUAA